UUCUCAGUUACACAAUGGAUUUUGCCGAGAAGAAAUCUCUGUCGCUCGGUGCGCGUACGGUGAUUGGACGACUUUUAAAAGAAUAAUAGCUUAAAAAUAAUCUGUAAAUGUGACAUACGUUCGGAAGGAGGCAGACAGACACCUAAAAUACAAAUUGUUAUUACUUCCCUUCCACAAGUCGGCCCGUCGUCUUCACGUGAACGCUCUUCACGCGAAAAAAAAUUCAAUCCAAUUCAUAAUUUACGCCAGAUAAAUACAUAAUCUUAUCAACUUUAUACAUAACUUUCAUUCAAUAAUUAGCGAUAAUUUAGGAGACAGACGCUCACAUUAAGUUCUCACCAUUACAUUUUUUUGUGUCAUAUAAAUAAGAGCAGUUUUUGUCUUUAAUGCUUCCAUUAAACCGUAAAUUAUCCACGCUUACUUAAUGAAUAAUAAUCUUUCACCCCGGCGGCGUGGUCAUGGUCGUUAGUAGUGGGACAAGAAGAAACAGUGGUGCUGGUGGUGGUGGUGAUAGGAUUUUGUAUCAAUUUGAAGAACUGAACAGUAGCAGGAUAAGCCGUCUUAUCAUCGUUGAGUAGUUCAUUGCUAAUAAAAAGGAGUUUGUGGUACUGAAGUUGUAAUAAUAAUCGCGUAAUUAUUAAUGGUGCUGGUUAACUAAAUAGGGUGAGGAAAAGAAAGAAAUCAGUAUUACAGGAGGUAGAUCGACACUGUUGUAAUUUGCAUACGAGGAAGUCAUCAGUUCAGUAUUAGUGAUACAUUCGUGGAGUAGUCGUCCAAGUUUUUCGGGAAUUUGAGACCGUAGGAAAUUAUUCAAUAAUUCUUAAAUAUGUAACCAGCUUAGCAAUCUAAUAAUUAAUCCACUACACUUUUUUGAGACAUUUCGUAGUAAAGGAAUUUUAGAAGACUGAGCAACGAAUUUUCCUAGUAGGAAUUUUAUCGAGUAAUAAGUACAUAAGUAAUAAUUACAUAAUAUACGUUUCUGAAAAUAUGACCUUAAGUUUCUGAAGUAGUAGGGAUUGCUCAUAAAUAAAUAAAUACAUAAAUGCAAGGGAAAGUAUAAUAAAAAUAGGGGAAAAAUGAGUCUAAAAAGUUUACAAAUACGGAUUCUGAGAAAUUGGGAGUUUUUCGUGAUUAUUGGUCUUCCCCUCCUCCUCCUCCCACUCCUCUUCAUCCCGGACGAUGAGGUCAUCGGGGUCGCGCCAAACACGAGGCCUUCCACCAAAUUCAAAUGCGCCUUUGUUCUCAUAUUGAUGGCUAUAUAUUGGAUGGUGGAAGCGUUGCCUCUCGCAAUCACUGCGCUGCUACCAAUGGUUCUCUUUCCCCUUUUGGGAGUUCAGGACACGGCCAAAGUGUCGAUAAAUUAUAUGAAAGAGACAAACAUGAUGUUUGUGGGUGGACUGAUAAUAGCAAUGGCCGUAGAAUAUUGUAACCUUCAUCGUCGUAUCGCUCUCACCGUAAUGACGACGGUGGGGGUUAGUCCAAUCCGACUCAUGUGUGGAAUUAUGCUCACCACGUCAUUUUUGUCCAUGUGGCUAUCUAACACCGCCACGGCCGCGAUGGUUUGCCCCAUCUCGAUGGCCGUGUUGGAAGAACUGUUUCCCAAGCCGGACGAAACUCCGCACGGUUUUCGAAAGCGUCGCGCCUCGAUUUUCAAGGAGAGGAGUGAAGUCGACUUUGAAGCCUUUGUCGAUAAGAUAAAGAAGAAACGAGCCCAGUUAAAGCAUCAGCAGUCCCUCCCGGCCGAAUCCUUCCGCACUGAACCACGACCCCCGAAAAAGAUGAUGAAGCAGUUGUCCUUCAAAAUCGACCCCGAGCCUCUGGAACCAUCCGAACUGACGAGAUUCAUCCGGGAGAGGGAUCGCCAGAAGGAUAUCCAGUUCGAAAUGCAGAUGGAAGAACAAAACGAGAACGAGGACGAACACGAGGAGAACAAUGACGCGGAAAAUAAUCCGGAAAAGAUAAGAAUGGCGAAAAGGUUGAAUCUCAAGAAGAUGUUGCUCUUUUCGAUUUUACUCUCCUCAAAUAUUGGAGGUACUGGCGUCAUCACGGGCACCGCGAGCAAUUUGGUGUUCCAGGAACUCAUAAAACCAGUGAACGUGGGUCAAGGUGGGAAGUAUGUGGACAUCAGUUUUGCAACGUGGAUGGCGUACAACAUCCCUCCAAUGAUGGUCAACAUAGCAUUUUCCUUCAUCUACUUGGUCGUCAUGUAUCUCGGGGUGCCGGACUGGGUCUACUUUUGGCGAAAGCAAAAAUCUACUCCAAACUCGGAUGAGACCGAGGCGCUCAAUAGGGUUGCCCGAGUUCUGGAAGAGAAACGUCGCCUCUUGGGGAAAACGUCCUUCCACGAGUCGGCCGUGUUUGCCCUCUUCCUCAUCAUCGUGGCUCUGUGGCUUUUCCGAGAACCAAAAUUUAUGAAGGGGUGGGCCGAGCAUAUUAGCGAUGCGGACAUCGGCGACUCCACGGCCGCCUUGUUCGUCGUCAUUCUGCUCUUUAUCAUCCCUCGAAAUAUUGAAACCUUCUGCGGAGUUGGUGACAAUAACGGUGGCGCAGUACUGACAAAGACUCCGCCUCUGUUAGAUUGGAAAUACGUACAGUUGAAUCUCCCCUGGGGCGUGAUCCUCUUGAUGGGCGGGGGGUUCGCGUUGUCGAACGCGGUCGUCUAUUCCGGCCUCUCGGAAUGGUUGGGGCGUCAACUCCACGCCGUGGAGACCCUCCCACUCACCGUCAUCCUGGUCGUGGUCAUGUUCCUGACCGCCACGCUGACCGAGGUGGCUUCCAACUCUGCCUGCGUUAAUGUUGUGAUACCAAUCCUGAUUGCGCUGUCGGAAAGCCUCAACAUUCACCCACUCUACUUAACGUUACCGGCCACGGUGACGUGCUCGUAUGCAUUCCUCCUUCCAGUCGCGACACCCACGAAUGCGAUCGUCUUCGCCGCCGGGGGUGGCGACAUCAGCAUCAUGGAGAUGGUCAAAGUAUGUCUAUUUCCCAACUUUGCCUGCAUCAUCGUCAUCCUCCUGUUCCACGUGACGUAUGGGAAUCUCAUCUUUAAUUUUAACGACUACACGUACCCCUCGUUGGCCUCGUCGUCGACCCCACUUUCCCCGCUUUUAGUAGUAAAUGGAACAUUUUUAAGAUAGGGGGAAGUAAAAAAGAAAUGUAUUUAUUGUGAUGGAAUGGAGGGGAGAGAAAGUAGCCAAAUGUAUACCUGACCUUUAAUUCAUAGGCCUUUGUUUUUUAUAAUAAUGAAAUGAAUCACGAAAAAAUAUACGAUUAAUUAAAAUACGCAAUGAUAACGUAACAAUUAGUUAAUUUUACGAACAAAAAAAUCUACAUAAUAACGAAACAAACAAAACAAAACAAACUGUGUCCAUAAAAUCAGAGAAAAAUAUGUAACAUACAAAUUCAAAUCAAUCAGGAGAUAAAUAUGGGUUUAAAAGUAUUUCACGGUUUUUUCUAACUUGCGCCAAUGUUAUAGUUUAACUAUGGCGCAAGUUAGCAGGAAGUGAAGUACUGGGGGGUGGUGCGUAUAAAAAAAGAGUGUACCUUCUCACGGACAAUGAGGGUCAGCCAGCAUAUAUCGUUCAAAAAAAUAUACUGCAGAGUGUGGCAAUAACAGAAGAACACAAAUUCAGUAGUAGUCGAAUAACUAAAAGAAAACAUUGUACUCAAAACAACACUGUUACUUAUGAAGAAUUGUUAACUAAUAAUUAAACAAAUUUGAAAGAAAAAGUUCCAGAUUCUUAUGGUGAAAAGUAAGUAAGUUUAUAAUAACAACGGGGUUGACAAAAUGUUUGAAAAUCGAAAUGCAAAUGUAAUAACGAGGAAAUAUUUAGAUUUCUGAAAUAAAAACAAAUUUGCCAAUUAAAA